CCCCCCCCCCCCCCCAAAAAAAAAAAAAUGCAUUAAAGCUUGUGGUUGCUAUGUUGAGAAGAAGUGAACAGGUUCCAGGGGUGCUCAUACUCUAGCAGGGCAGUUGGCAGCAUCUGUUUUUUAUUUGGCGAGGGGAGAAAAGAUGUAAGGCUGUUUGAAGUCGGCACAGUGCAGGUGAGGUCAUUUUCCACUUGUGAAAGGAAGGACUGCCUUGGUGUGUUUUAGCUGCUCACAUCUGGCUGGGUCUAAAUAUGAAGCAGACUUAUAUCAUGGCCAUACCUGAUCUCCAAUCUCUCUUGGUGUGGUCUGUUUCGCUGCGUGCGUUCAGGAAUUAGCCCAAACCUGCGGGCUUCUGGGAAAGUUAAACUAGUUACCGGUGAAGGAUUUACAUGAUUGAUUCGUAUGUCCUUGACAGCGUCCGGAAGGAGAGGAAGAGGAGGAGAAGGAGGAGGAGAACAUGAUUGAUUCUGAAGGGGAUCAGAUGGUUUAACUUUUCCACACUCAUCUUUUCUGCAGUCUCCUCAGCGGGCGUCGGAUGCAGCGCCCCAGUUGGCUCCCUACCCGUCCCACAGUCUGCACAGACUCCCCCAGUGCCCUCCAGUUCACCUCAGCCACCCGGUCCCUCUGUCUCUCACGUUGUCCCUCACCCCUGGGCCCAGACAGCCGAGGCCCCCGGCGCCUCCGCCCCACCGGGCCCCUCUGCCUCACACCCACGUGGCACCGAGGGCGACGUCGUUUCGCAGCGUGUCACACCACAACUCCUGCAGGAUGGUCAUGGAGCUCGAGAAGCCUAGCCCCCCUCAGAAACCUCUGCCCGCCGACCCGAGGACCUCCCGGCUGGCGCGGAGUCCAUCUGGUGUCCAGAGCAGCACUUUAGUCCGAGGGUCCUCUGCAGUGCGCGGCCCUGCAGCGACACCCGGUGCCUCCAGACCUGCACGCCCCGUACCACACCCCAACAAGCCAAGUCCCAAGCAUCCUCCGACGCUACCAAAGCCUUGCAUCAUCGCCAACGUCAGAUACAGCAGCUGAGACUUUGGCCACAGGGGACAGUUUCUUUCUCUUUUUUUUUUUUUUCUUUUUAACAGAAACAAAUUUAAAAAACAAAACUGCACUAUGAAAACUCUUGAGAACCCCACAUGAAAAAAAAAAAAUGACAGAGGCACCUUUGAAUUGUGAACCAUGAGAUUUGCUGUGUCCCUUUUAGUGCUCCGCCUCUGAAUGGUGCUACAAGUCUGCGCUCAGGUCGAUGUAAAGUAUUUAUAAUUGCGUAUUUAUUGCCACCCAGUGCACUGUGCCAGACACUUUUACUACAGAGUAACAACUUCGGCUCUUUUUUAUCUCACUUUUUUUUUAUAUUUACACUGAUGUAUUUUGAAGAAGGAAAAAAAAAAAAAAAAAAAAA